AUGAAGAGGAGGAAAGGUGGAAAAAAAUUGAAAUUUUUUAAAAAAAUUUCAAAAAAUUUAUUUAGACACAAACUACGCGAAAAACGGAGCGAUGGAAGCAAUAAUAAACACAAAAAUGCUUGGAGAUUUGUUGCCUCAAAGUCAAUGAUUCCUUUAAGCAGAGUACUUCCACCUCCCCCAGCACUCAAUUCUUCAAGAGAUUCACAACCAAUUAAUCCUUUUUGCUCUGAUCCUUCUUCUUCUUCCAUUCAACCUGUUAUUGCUAAAGGUGUUUGUGUUCGGUCUGUUGGCAUUUUUAAGAGUGCCCUUCCACCUUCUACCUCCACAGCAGCUCCCAAUAACCUUCCUUCAGACAAUACAACAUUUGUGCCUCAUUUAAAUCCAAAUUCGACUCCUUUACAUCACAGAAGCGAAAAUUGUUUAAAUUAUUCUCAACAACAAUAUAUUGUUGGGGGUUGUUAUUCAGCAAGAAGUCAACAACAACAAUAUCCCCCUCCUCCACCAGCACCCAAUUCUUUUUCUCCUUUCAAACCUUUAGAAGGAUUAGGGAAUAGUAACGGUACCGAUUCUUCUUCUGUUGGUUGUUGUAAUAGUGCUAGGGCUGCAAUGCAUAGACAAUUUAGUAGGUUUUUGGGAUUUAAAAUUUGGCAGGCUUCAUGAUGGGAGGACUUCCUAGACGAUACCUCUAAUAACGAAUUAAUC